AUGCCUCCUUCAGCUGUUAUCGAUGAACCUACGCUCAAUUCAACCAUCAUCGGCCAGACCAAGUUCGCUCCUUCUACUUCACGUCUACUAAAGUCAGAAGAAGCAGAAUUCCCUUCUGUUGAGUACUACGAUCAACUCGCAAAAGUCUAUGAGAAUGCCUUCUCUCACGAUGUCGGUCUAGAGGAAUUCAUUCAACACGUGCUUCUAGAACUACCCAAAAAUGCAAAAGUUCUUGAUGUCGGUUGCGGGACUGGAAAGCCUGUCUCAUAUACCAUGGCAGCCUAUGGUCACAAUGUUCAUGGUUUUGACCUAUCCAGCGCUAUGGUUGAUUUAUCCGUCAAGCGUGUUCCCACAGGCUCAUUCGAACAAGCAAACAUGUUGGAAUAUACUCCUCGAUUUCGAAACAACACGCCUGACAUUGAUGUCAUUUUCACCAUCUUCUCACUUUUUUGCUUGUCACGCAAAGAGAUGACUACAAUGGCCUCAAAGAUGUUCAAUUGGUUGAAACCAAAUGGAAUCCUAUGUAUCGGUACGAUCUGCGCCGAAGACUUCAAAACAACACCUUCGAUGUAUGAUGCGGAUGGAUUGUGCGCCACAAAUGUCGAAAUGAUGUUCAUGGGAUCUAGAUGUUCUUCCAUGACAGCUUUCACUAAACAGGGUUGGAAAAAUGUGAUUGAAACAGCUGGAUUUGAGAUAAUUCACACGAAGAGUAAUUUAUUCGUACCAAGACCAUCUCCAGGCGUAGCUACGGAUAAUGAGAUGCACUAUUUUAUCAUGGCGAGGAAGAUUUAA